AUGCACUUCUCUUCUAUCGUCGCAGCCGCUGCCAUUGGCGGUGCUGCCAUCGUUUCUGCUGCCCCCGCAGCCUCGCCCGUCGACAAGCGCGCCACAACCUGUACCUUCUCGGGUGCCAACGGUGCUGCCUCUGCCAAAGCAUCCAAGGCUGCCUGCUCCACCAUCGUUCUCAACAACGUUGCUGUGCCUGCCGGUACCACCCUUGAUCUGACUGGUCUCAAGUCGGGUACGAACGUCAUCUUCCAAGGAACUACCACCUUUGGUUACAAGGAGUGGGAAGGCCCUCUUGUCAGUGUAUCCGGUACCUCGAUUACCGUCACCGGUGCCUCUGGUAGCGUUCUCGAUGGUGAUGGUGCCCGCUGGUGGGACGGCAAGGGCAGCAACGGUGGCAAGACCAAGCCCAAGUUCUUCUACGCUCACAGCCUGACCACCUCGCACAUCAAUGGCCUCACGAUCAAGAACAGCCCAGUCCAGACCUUCUCUAUCAACGGAGCCAAAACCUUGACCAUGGACAAGAUCACCAUUGACGGCUCUGCUGGCGAUUCUCUUGGUCACAACACCGAUGCCUUCGAUAUUGGAUCAUCCACCGGUGUGACCAUCACUGGAGCCGUUGUCCACAACCAGGAUGACUGUGUUGCUAUCAACUCUGGCAGCUCAAUCACCUUCUCUGGUGGCUCUUGCACUGGCGGCCACGGUCUCUCGGUCGGCUCUGUCGGUGGCCGCUCUGACAACGCUGUCAGCGAUGUCCAUUUCCUCAACAACAAGGUCAUCAACAGUGAUAAUGGUAUCCGCAUCAAGACCGUCUCUGGCGCCACUGGUAGCGUGUCGGGUGUCACUUACAGUGGCAACACUCUCUCCGGCAUCAAGAAGUACGGUAUCGUCAUCGAGCAGGAUUACGAGAACGGCAGCCCUACCGGCUCUCCUACCACCGGCGUCCCAAUCACUGGUCUGACCAUGACCAAGAACACUGGCUCCGUCACCAGCUCUGGCACCGACAUCUACAUUCUCUGCGGCAAGGGCUCUUGCUCCAACUGGACCUGGAGCGGUAACUCCAUCACCGGCGGCAAGCAGUCCACCAAGUGCUCCAACAUCCCCAGCGGCGGUGCUGCUUGCUAG